UAUAAUCCAAUUAUUUAUUUGCGUAACUACCAAAAGAUUCUUAGUGUGAUGAUCCAAUAAGUUAAAAAAAUAUUAAAAAAUUAAAAAUAAAGGUGAGUGCAAAGGAGAAAGUUCCCUUAACUAAACAAAAUUGAUCAAUCAUCAUCUAAUCCUGAUCCCAAUCACAUCCAGAAGAAAAAAAAAUGGAAGAAAAAAGCAUAAUUGAAAACGGAGAGAGAGAAAUUGAUCAACAACAAAACCAAACAAAGGUGGUUUCUUCUACACCAAACGGUUCAAUUUCUGGGUUCGAAUCUCUUCAUCACCUCCUUAGUUCCUCUCUCCCUGCUCCCAUCUUCCAGGAAGUAAGCAGGUUGAUUCAUGGGUUGAAUUGUGGAAGAUCACUUGAUCCUAUAACACUUCCAGCUGCAGCUACCAAUUUGUCCAAUGACCACGAUUUCGAUCUCCAGGCAUACUGCUUUCAAGCUCAAAAGGAGUCUUUAAGAGAGCCUCGAAUUGUACGAGUAGGUCUUAUCCAGAAUUCUAUUGCCCUGCCCACAACAGAACCUUUUAUAGACCAAAGAAGAGCCAUCUUUCAGAAAUUGAAGCCCAUCAUUGAGGCUGCAGGCGCUUCGGGAGUCAAUAUAUUAUGCCUUCAGGAAGCGUGGACAAUGCCAUUUGCCUUUUGUACCCGCGAGAAAAGUUGGUGUGAAUUUGCAGAGCCUGUCAAUGGGGAGUCGACACAAUUUCUGCAAGAUCUUGCUAGGAAGUACAACAUGGUCAUUGUAAGUCCAAUUCUAGAGAGGGAUGUUGUACAUGGAGAGACUAUAUGGAACACCGCUGUUGUAAUUGGAAAUCAGGGUAACAUUAUAGGCGUGCACAGAAAGAACCAUAUUCCUAGGGUUGGGGACUUCAACGAGAGCACAUAUUAUAUGGAAGGAAACACUGGACACCCUGUUUUUGAGACAGCAUUUGGCAAAAUUGCCAUUAACAUAUGUUAUGGUAGGCAUCAUCCUUUAAACUGGAUGGCUUUUGGCUUGAAUGGAGCAGAGAUAGUAUUUAACCCGUCUGCUACUGUUGGUGAGCUCAGUGAACCUAUGUGGCCAAUUGAGGCACGUAAUGCUGCAAUAGCAAACAAUUAUUUUGUUGGCUCAAUAAAUCGUGUUGGCACUGAGACCUUCCCAAAUCCAUUCACCUCUGGAGAUGGAAAGCCGCAGCACAAGGAUUUUGGUCAUUUCUAUGGUUCUAGUCACUUUUCUGCUCCAGAUGCUUCUUGCAGUCCGUCCCUCUCUCGUUUCAGAGAUGGUUUGAUGGUUGCAGAUAUGGAUUUAAACCUCUGUAGGCAGAUCAAAGAUAAGUGGGGAUUCAGAAUGACCGCAAGGUAUGAGCUUUAUGCUGAGAUGCUAGCUCGUUAUAUAAAGCCAGAUUUUCAGCCUCAGAUAGUCUCUGAUCCAUUGUUGGAUAAGAAGAAUCCAGCUUAACUCUUUCAGUCUCGGACAUAGAGUACUCCUUCCAUUUCAUAUUAAAAGUAAAUGGUGCAGAUGUUAAAAUACAAAUCUACAAAGUUUGCACGUUUGUAAUGGCACGGACAGUAAAAGGCAAAUUUGUAAUUAAAGAAUUUAGUCUGCAAGUUUAUAAUUUCAAAGCAUUUCUAGUGAAUCAAUAAUAUGUGUUUAGAUAUAUACUAUCUCUGUUUCACAAUAGAUGGAACGUUUUGACCUUA